AGAGAGAGAGGUUUCAUUCAUUCAUGUGCUGAUCAAAUUUCUCUUUCCUUCUUCUUCUCAGGGCUUUUGAGCUUCUGAAAUGGAAAAGGUCCAGCGAAGCCCUGAAAACGAGCCAGCUCCAUCAAAACAGCGACUGACGCGAUGUGUACUCCUUGCGGCGUUUUUCGGAGCGCUUGGCUCCUCCUUCCUGUAUGGCUACAACCUGUCCGUGGUCAACGCCCCUGCCAAGGAUAUAAAGGCGUUCUAUAACCUGACGUGGGUGACGCGCUACAGUGAGCCGGCAACCUUGGAAACACUCACUUUGCUCUGGUCUAUCACUGUGUCGAUAUUUGCAGUCGGAGGCCUGAUGGGGGCGCUCACCGUCCCCUUUCUUAUUAAAGUACUGGGCAGGAAAGGCACGCUGCUGGCCAAUAACGUGUUGGCGGUUAUCUCCGCUCUAUUAAUGGCUCUGGGCGAGAAAGCAGGCUCAUUUGAGAUGCUCAUCAUUGGGCGCUUUAUUGUUGGCAUGGAUUCAGGAGUGGCUCUCAGCGCGCUGCCGAUGUAUCUGGGUGAAAUCUCUCCGCGACAGUACCGCGGCUCCGUCGGCCAGUUCAACGCCGUCUUCAUCUGUCUGGGCGUUUUCAUCGGACAGCUUUUCGGCCUUCCCGAGAUAUUUGGCCAUAAGAACAGAUGGAACUACUCGUUCGGCUUCCUCGCAGUUCCUGCUGUCUUGCAGUUGUGCGUUUUGCCGUUUUUGCCGGAGAGUCCACGAUUCCUGUUGAUGGAGCGCAGAGACGAAGCACGAGCUGAAAAAGCAUUCCAAGCAUUUUUGGGAAAGAAGGAUGUGAGUGCAGAAUUAGAGGAGGUGUAUGGAGAGAUUAGAGUGCAGAACACUCAGCAGUCUGCGUCUUUCUUCCGUCUGUUCCGUAAUCCUUCCAUCCGCUGGCAGCUCAUCACUGUCAUCACCAUCAUGAGCAGCUACCAGCUGUGUGGCCUCAAUGUCAUCUGGUAUUACACUAACGGGAUAUUUGAAGGCGCAGGAUUUGACAAGAGCACAAUUCCUUACGUGACCCUCAGCACAGGAUUUAUCGAGACUCUGUCAGCCAUCAUAUCGGGUUUAGUGAUUGAGCGUGUUGGACGGAAGCUGUUGCUGAUAUUUGGCUUCGUGGCGAUGGCCGUGUGUUACAGCCUCCUCACUGUCUUCUUGAACUUCCAGGACAGUUAUUCAUGGAUGCCAUAUAUGAGUUUCAUCUCCAUAUUGGCCCUGAUCGCGUCUUUUUGUUCUGGCCCAGGUGGCAUUCCCUUCAUUCUGACCGGGGAGUUGUUUGAGCAGACGUAUCGUCCCGCUGCAUUUUUGGUGGCUGGAAUUGUGAACUGGUUGUCAAACUUUAUCGUGGGCCUCAUCUUCCCUUUUAUACAGGAGUCACUUCAGAACUAUGCUUUCCUGGUCUUUGUCUUUGUCUGCGCCCUGGCUGCUAUCUACAUCAUCGUUGUCCUUCCCGAGACCAAGAACAAAACCUUUAUGGAGAUCAGUCAGAGUUUUGCCAAGAUCAAUAACAUCCCUCAGAGCGUGGAAGCCGAGAUGGAGGAUGUUCUGGACGACCAACCAGAAAACGCUAUCGCACUGGGUCCAAACGCUGAACCUGUUAAUGCUAAAUAUCCAGAUAGGAGUUGUGAAGAUAACGGUGUGGUGCAAUCUGAGAGCUUCUUCUAAAGCGUGUGACGGAAAGCCAUCAUCAGCUUUCCAAGUCAGUGCAGUUCAGUUGCAUGUUCAGCAGUACACAUGCAGAAAUCUUAACAGGAUGCUUUACACCAAGGUUCCAUACUGUUCAUUUUAUUUUAUUAUGCUAACAUAGGUGCUAAGUUAAUUUUUUUUAACAUGAGCAUAUGUUUAAAUUUAAGAUAAAUCAUUUUCUAUUAGCUAAAUUUACUAUACAGAACAUCAUACUGUAGUUUUAGUGGAAAAAGCCCUGAGGGCAGCUACACAUUGACAUACAUUUACAAUUACAACAAGAACUGACCACUACUGUUUUUUCACAUUAUUAAACAAAAAAAAACAUGAUGUGUAACCUAAUUAACAUAAACUAUUCUACCUUUCUAUAUAAUAUCUUACUAACACAGAUGUAUUAUUUAAAUAUACAACUUGCCAUGAACAUGAAAAUAUUAUUGAUCAAUGUUUACAAUAAUUGCUGCUAUCCCAACCAAUAAUAUUUAUGAUAAUCAGAGGUGGGAGGUAACUAAGUACAUGUACUUUGUUACUGUAUGUAAGUACAUAUUUCAUGUAUUUGUAUUUUAGUAGUUUAAUUAGAGGACAGGUUUUUAACUUUUACUCUACUCACAAGUACAGCAAACAUCAGUACUUUUACUUAACUACAUUUUUGCAUGACGUCGCAUUAUCUAACCAAUGUAGUGCAUAGUAUUUGUAUAGAAUAGCCGUAGUAUUUCUGUAGAAAAUUUACUUUACUUAAGUACAUUUAAACAUAAGUACUUCUGUACUUUUACUCAGGUACAUGAAUAAAUGGAGGACCUCUACUUACUGUUAACUAUAGUAAUAUUUGCUGUAGGGAAUCUCUACUUUUAGUCAAGUGCAGGAUUUGUGUACUUUGCCCACCUU